UCGGCAUUGUGCAGGGUCCUAGACGUUCAGUUGGCUCAUUAGAAAUUUGUUCGAGUUGAGAGAUUGGUUGUGGUUUGUUGCUUCUUCUAUAUAUACCUUCCAUAACUCUUUAUCUUCCUCAGCAGGAAAGCUAAAAUGGCUAACCACAACAAUUACAUAACUCUUCUUAUGUCUUUCUAUCUUCUUUCAAGUGUUCCCACUCUUUCGCUUGCUGAAAUCAAUUUGCCACUUAAAGCUGUGAAUCUGGGAAAUUGGCUUGUAACAGAAGGCUGGUUGGAACCUUCCCUCUUUGAUAAAAUUCCCAUCAAUAAAGAUCUUUUGGAUGGAACCCAAGUUCAACUUUUGUCCACAAAGCUGAACAAGUAUCUGUGCCCAGAGAAUGGGGGUGGAACCAUUGUUGUAGCCAAUCGAACCUCAGCGUCUGGCUGGGAAACUUUCAGGCUGUGGAGGAUCACAGAGUCAUCUUUCCAACUAAGAGUGUUCAACAAGCAAUUUGUGGGGCUGGAGAAUCAAGGCCAAGGAAACACAAUUGUUGCAGUUUCUACAAAUCCAGGAGAUUCAGAAACUUUUGAGAUUUUAAGAAACAGCAAUGAUUCGAACCGGAUUCGGUUCAAAGCCAGCAAUGGACUCUUUCUCCAGGCACAAACAGAGACAAUAGUAACUGCAGAUUAUGAAGGGUCAGGUUGGGAGGAUGAAAAUCCGUCUGUCUUCCAAAUGAAGAUUCUUUCUGACAAAUACUUAAAAGGAGAAUUCCAGCUCACAAAUGGUUAUGGUCCAGAUAAGGCCCCUCAAGUCAUGCAAAAUCAUUGGAACACUUACAUCACUGAGGAGGAUUUCAAAUUCAUGUCAGCUAAUGGUCUUAAUGCUGUCAGGAUUCCAGUUGGAUGGUGGAUUGUUUCUGAUUCACCACCAAAGCCUUAUGUUGGAGGCUCCUUGCAAGCGUUAGACAAUGCUUUUACAUGGGCUGAGAAAUAUGGAAUGAAGGUAAUUGUAGAUUUACAUGCUGCCCAAGGCUCACAAAAUGGCAACGAGCACAGUUCAACACGAGAUGGCUACCAGGAAUGGGGAGAAUCCAAUGUGCAAGAAACUGUGGAUGUCAUAGAUUUCCUUGCAUCAAGGUUUGCCAAGAAUCCAAGUCUUGCUUCAAUUGAGCUGAUGAAUGAGCCUCUUGCUCCUGGUGUCAACUUAGACACCCUGAAGAAGUUUUAUAGUGCAGGUUAUGAUGCUGUCAGGAAAUACACCACAACUGCUUAUGUUAUCUUUUCGAAUCGCUUAUCAGCUGAUCCAGCAGAGCUACUAUCAUUUGCAAGUGCAUUUGAUCGAGUAGUAAUCGAUGUGCAUUACUACAAUCUCUUCACAGAUUUGUUCAAAAACAUGAACGCACAACAGAACAUUGAUUAUAUAUACAAUCAAAGGUCUUCUGAUCUCAGCACACUCAACUCAGCCAAUGGACCUCUAACUUUUGUUGGGGAAUGGACUUGUGCUUGGGGUGUAAGCGGAGCAUCAAUGCAGGAUUACCAGAACUUUGCCAAAGCUCAACAAGAUGUGUACGGACACGCCACUUUUGGAUGGGCCUAUUGGUCUUACAAACACGCAGAAGAUAAUCCUUGGAGCCUCAGGUGGAUGAUAGAAAACAAUUAUAUAAACCUCAAAGAAACCUGAAUUUCUUUAUUGCAGAAUCUGCAUUUCAUGUUUUCGGAGAAUAAAUGAAUUUCCAAGCUUGUUAUUUUGAUUCUCAAAUUACAGCUGACAAUUGGCACUUCCCAUAUCACUAGUGUACUCAAAAUAAAUAAAUAUAUAGUGCAAGCUUGGUGUGGCCCAAGGGCUGCUUGCUUUCAGAA